UAGCAGUUGCGCUCUUGGAGGGGUCUGGAAAGUGUUUGAGUUCGCUCGGCGUGGGAACCGCAGAUUCCUAAUGCAGCUGCGAGUGGCUGUCCUGGGUGGAGGGGUGACGGGUCUCGCAGCUUGUUAUUAUCUUGCUAGAAGCUCGCUAGCAUCUAAGGUCAUCCUUUUGGAGGGCAGCCACCGGUUGGGGGGCUGGAUUCAUUCCACCCAGACGGAAGAUGGGGCUGUUUUCGAACACGGUCCCCGAGGGAUCCGACCUGCUGGACUUGUAGGGAAAAACACCCUUCUGAUGGUUUCAGAACUGGGCUUAGAAGCCGACAUUCUCCCCGUUCCAGGAGACCAUCCAGCUUCGAAAAACCGCUACCUCUACGUCGGAGGUUCCCUUCACAAACUCCCUUCCGGCAUUAAGGGCAUUUUCCAGACAGUGCCUCCGUUCUCCAGGCCUUUUGUCUGGAGUGGGUUGAAGGAACUCUGGGCUUCUCGUGGAACGGAGCCGGACGAGACCAUCCAUGCUUUCGUGGCCCGUCGUUUUGGCCAGGAGAUGGCUGAUAUAACUAUAGAUAGCCUCUGUAGGGGAGUCUUCGCGGGCGAUUCCCGAGCCUUGAGCGUCCGCUCCUGUUUUCCGACGUUAUUCCUAGCGGAGCGGAAACACGGUUCCGUUAUGCUGGGCAUGAUCCUUGCCAAAAAAGAAGCUUCCACAGCGGAUUGCCAGCUGAUCCGCCAGGCCCAGGAAGGACGCUGGAGCCAGUGGUCCCUGCGUGGCGGACUGGAGACCCUUCCCCGUUUAGCUUCCUUCUCAAGAGAGCGAGGGGUCGAAAUCCACUGCAACGCCCCCGUGAAACGGCUGGACAGAACGGCCUCCGGGUCCUGGCAGAUUGUGCUGCAGGAUGGAAUCGUAGAGGCUGAUCAUGUGAUCAGCGCUUUGCCCGCCAGAGCUCUGGCCGAUUUGCUCCCUGCUGGAUUCGAACCCCUUAUCCAAGACCUGCUGGCUAUCCGAGCUGUUUCCGUAGCGGUGGUGAAUCUACAGUACGAAAACGCACAACUUCCCGUCACGGGAUUCGGCCACUUGGUGCCUUCGUUUGAGGAUGGCCCCUUGUUGGGCAUCGUUUACGACUCGGUGGCAUUCCCCCAGCAGGAUGGUAGCAAAGACUCUACCACUCGACUGACGGUGAUGCUUGGCGGCGCCUGGUUUACAUCCCACCUGGGUGACCCGGACACCAUUCCUCACAGCGAGUUGUUAAGCAGAGCUCAGGCGGCUGUGAAGAAGCACCUCGGCAUCUCCGCGGAGCCUCUUCGCUCCAUCGUUAAAGUCCAUAAGUCCUGCAUCCCUCAGUACUCGCUCGGCCACUGGAAACACAUGGAAAGUGCUACUUCCCAAUUGAAGCAACACAAUCUGCCCCUUAGCCUGGUGGGCGCUUCUUAUGCCGGGGUUUCCGUCAACGAUUGCAUCUUCAGCGCCCAGACAGCGGUGGCUCACCUCGCGGGCGGCAUCUCCUGAGCACGAGCCAAGUUCUGGAUUCCUGGGAUCCACCCUCUCUUGAGGACUUCUUGAGGAAAGAGUUGAAUAACAGAAUGAGAGCUGGAAGGGACCUUGGAGGCCUUCUAGUCCAACCCCCUGCUCAAGCAGGAAACCCUAUACGAUUCCGGGCAAAUUAUUAUCCGAUCUCUUCUUUAAAAACCUCCAGGGAUGGAGCACCCACAAUUUCUAGUGUCAAGCUGUUCCAC